CUUUUCGCACAGCCGGAAACGCUAAGCAGUUUAGUGUAGGAGAAUAUAAGGCUUUGGUGAAUUGCGCUUCGGAGCCCGGGCGUACACAAUGCUCGCCGCCUUCGCCUUUCUCACGCUCUUCUUUAGAAGUUUUUCUUACUCCGGAUCAAGACCGACAGUCUUUUCAGAGGAAGGACAAUCCGUGCAAAUUCAGUGUUCUUUGGCAGGAAGCGUUUUGACGGGUUUCGAGUUCUGGGUGCACUGGUUCAAGAGGGGACCACACGGAAACAUGGAGCAGUUAGAUACGGACUGUGAUUUCCAUCAAAGCACAUCCUGUAAAUAUCACACUGCACUGAGAUCCGAAGAAAAAGUGCUGCUGAAAAUAUUCAACGUAACCAGCAUGGAUGCGGGUGAUUAUUACUGUUCAGAUCACAAGGAUUCCUAUCUCAGAUUUGCAGACAAGGGUACCCGACUUAUUGUGAGAGGUGAAGAGGCCAUGACAGCCAAUGUGUACCUGCUUACAACAGACUAUAGAUCAGCCAACCUUAAUGGUAAUGACAACAUAACCUUGGUUUGCCUUGUCAACAGGCUCUCCACAGAUCAGUUGUCGGUCAGGUGGAUUCUCAAUGGUACCCUGGCAAGUCAGACAUUGCAGAGCUCUGGGCUGGAAGUGCAGAAACAACACAAUAGUGGAUACGUGGCCAGCAGCUUUCUGAUAAUGCCCAUACAAAUAUGGCUCAGUGGUGUUGAGUGCACCUGUGAAGUGCAGUUGUCUGCAAAUACAAGCAUCCACAGCAAGAUUGUAACUCUUCAGGCCUUCAGGAAUCAAAAAGAGUCCUGCUUUGAUCAGUAUGUGGUUUUCAUUGGUACAGCAUUAGGCUUUCUGCUGCUUUUUUGCUUUGCCAGCCUUGUGUGGAUUCUCAACUGUGAGAAAGGAGUGAAGCAUUGUUGUCACCAGAAAAGAGGAGAUCUCUCGACUGAUUUUGUCCAGGAGACCAAUGACACUGUUACUUACGCUCAUCUGGAUUUUAAUUCUCAUUGAAAGAAAGAUUGGGGAAGAAAACUGACAACAACAGAAAUACCAAUAAGGUGGACCUCUUCAUUCUUCUGCAAAAACAAGACACACAGUUUUCUUAAACUUUGUAUAAUAGCUCAUGAAUGACAGUCUCUGUGUAUAUAUAAUGCACACAAUUAUAUUUCU